AUGCGAUGCGCGAGCAAGGCCGCCGAGAGCGCGUCUGCACGUCUCUGUGCGGACGCCGAAGCAGAAACAACAGCAACUGAUGUCCCAUCGGUUGCUGAAGAGACCCAGCCUGUGUCACUUGGUGACGCAGGCGCUGGUCAUGAAGACACUCGUGUCUUCACAGAGUACGAGCUCGGUGUCUCGUACUCUCCUGAUACGGAUGACGGAUCCGUAUCGACGGCGAUUGAAUCUAAGCCGCCUGCCAAGCGUGGCAUGGACGAUGCUUUGCGUCGCAGCAUCUUCGGUUCAUCUGAUGAAUCAGAUGAACCAUCGCCGAAGCGAAGGCGCUCGAGGUCGCGAGACUCGGGCGCUAAUAGUGGUGUCGGUUCUCCAAUGGACACCACUUCACAGCGAGGUGCCAGUACUUCUGUCGGCACGUCGCAGGAAGAGCGGGACCGCAAUGUGUUGCGUCUCGCUCCAGAAAAGAAGGCAUGGAUGCCUCCAAAAUCCGUCAUGGAUCACUUGUCGGCGACGACGAGUGAUCGUUAUCGAACACGAUUGUUCGAUUCGUCAAGGAUCCAUCACCUUGACCCCAGCGCGAAAGACUAUCGCGCUGAACAUGAAUUUCUUCAUCGAUGCUUUCUUCAGACAUCGAUGGGCGUGGGGCGGGGGACCAACAAAACUAACAAAACUCUUUAUAAGUUUGAAAAGCGAACCCCCAGAGCCCGUGGUGGCGCGUACGUGUCUCUACUGAGAUGUACGAAGGGGAUUGACAACCUGAAAUCCCUUUACGACCGUGCCGGGAAGACUUUCUCCGGCGGUCCUUCUGCGGCACAGGAUGUGUCGCGUCGUACUGCUCGACCAGACCCAGUACGUCAACCAUCAAUUGGGAGCGGGGCUCCCAAGAAUCCCAGGACGGGGGAUAGCCGCGCCACCGGACGAGAUAACUCGUCCGACGUCCGUUCACGUCGCGGUGGUUCAACAGCUGCUCUACUAGAUAGCGCUGGCCACCGCGAGAGUCCUCUAAUGGAGGUGGAGGAGGAGGAAAGACGCUCUCCACACGAUCAUGUGGAUCGGUGUGUUCCCGAGAGCUUCUUUGAUCGCGUAACGCAAGGGUUACGCGACGAUCUCGAGCAUGAGCAGGACAGGCGUCUCCAGAUGGUGGACACUGUCUUGAAGCAUCGAGCUGAGUUUGCCUUUGCUCAGCUUGAGAACGAGAGAUCUCUGACAUCUCUUCGUGACGAGCUAAGUACCCUUGUUGAUGCCCACCAUCGGGAGCACAAGGCUCUCUGCGAGAUGCUUGAGCGCAAGGGCGUUCUUCAUCGGAAGAAGCAGCGUACUGAUGGUACGGCUUAA